AUGAAGGUUGCAGAACAGCUCCACAGAUUUGUAGCUGACGAAAGGGCAAAGUCUGCGGGAAAGAAGGAUCCGAUGAUUUUAGGGUUUCAUAAGAGGGUCAGCUUGGGCUGGUCAGCUCGAAUCGCGUCCUCGGCUAUCAGACAUCAGGAGCGCCAUGUAGAGCGGGUCAUCGAGGUUUUGGUUCCCGGGCCUCAGGAAAUCGUGGAGCACCAAUUCUCUCACGGAGAGCUCCAGUCUGCAAUAGCAAAGAUCGCCAGAGCUGUCCAGAGAUGGAAACUAGGUGCCAGUCGCAGAUCGAACUGA